AUGUCUCCUGAGGAAGCGCCGUCAACACCGUCGGUACACAGUGAGCGGCAAACCCCCCUAGCGACGCUGUCACAUAUCACUCUGCCGCGGCUAGAGCUGCACCACUUCUCUGGCGACCCCGCCAAGUGGAUUUACCCGAUGUUAGCAGUCAGUCAGUACGAGGACUCAUUCGUGAACACUUUCCAUGAACACAAUGAGGCUUUGAAGGCCAUUGAGUGUGACGUAACCACACAAGCCAACCCUUUGCUUUCAGCAUUGUUACUUCGUAAAUUAGAUGGAGAUUUACGCAAACGUCUAGAAUCUUUUAGGUCCUCGAACGAAGAGGAAACACACACUUUGCCUACAGUCAAAGACAUAAUCUUGUUUCUGAACACAGAAUGUAACAUGAGUGAAGAUGCAGACCUCCACUCGUCAGCAAAGAAAGCUCCAGUUAAAGCUUUCAAUCAGCGAUCUCAAAAGGUCACGCGGUUUGAAGACAAACACAAACCCACCGCUUUAGUAACAGCUCACAAUAUAAAUAGUAACAGUUGUUUUGCUUGUGCUGUGGAGCGACGUCACAACACGACUCAUCAUCGAUCGAUACCACAGCCGAGAGUAGCGGGAAUACCUCCUCCAGCUGACGUCACGAGUCCCACUCCAGUCACGCUGUCUACGACUAAGACACUGCCACCUGUGCAUCCGCCACAACAGUUAACGGUACUCUUAGGUACCAUCUUAGUAAAACUAACUGCUGAAAAUGAACAGUCCCAUGUUUUCCGCGGAUUACUGGAUUCCGGAAGUACUUGUAAUCUAAUAACGUGUCAGGCAGCCUCAUUGCUAGGAGCAAGACGUUAUCAUUCAAACAUUCAAAUUGCUGGUUUAUCACAGCAUGCCUCUAACACACGUGGCAUGUUAUCUCUUCAAGUCAACACUUUGUCAGGUCAGCUCAUAGCUCCUGAUCAGGAGUUCCACAUCUUGGAUAAAAUAUCUGUGAACCUCCCAAGGGCGAAAAUAAGUCCAGAGUUGUCGCAUCUAGUUAAGCAUUACACCUUAGCGGAUCCGACUUUUGACACCCCUUGCGGCAUUGAUGUAUUGUUGGGUGGAACCAUAAUACCCACUGUCUUCACACAAGAAAAUCAUAGUUUAGGACCGGGACUGCCACAUCUGAUCGGCACUCAGUUCGGCUUCAUACUUAUGGGAACAGCUCCUUGUGUCACCCCGACAGAGCCAGUUAGUAACUAUUCGAUUGCACUUUUGUCUACUCACGACAACUCGCUUCACACAGCAUUACAAAAAUUUUGGGUUCAAGAGGAACCGCCUAUCAUCAAUCACAAAAGCAUUGAAGAAAUAAAGUGUGAUGAACUUUUUGAUAGUACUCAUACGCGAAAUGGAGACGGACGGUAUGUUGUUCGAUUACCGUUCAAAACAGAACCCAGCUGUUUAGGCUCAUCUCGAGCAGCCGCAGAAAGACGUUUUGUAUCCUUAGAAAGGAAGUUUCAAACCCAACCACAAUUCGCUGAACUGUACAGGAAUUUUAUGAAAGACUACAAAGCAACAGGUCAUAUGACACUUUUGGAUAAACAUCACGCCGACGAACCGCACUACUAUUUACCCCACCACGGAGUAAUAAAGGAAAGCAGCUCUACUACCAAGCUAAGGACUGUUUUUGACGCAAGCAACAAGACCACUUCAGGUUUGUCCUUGAACGACGUGCUACUAACUGGAAGGAAACUACAACCAGACAUUUCCAGUAUUUUAAUAAACUUCCGCUCUCACGCUAUAGUGUUUUCAUGUGAUAUAAAACAAAUGUAUCGACAGAUCUUAGUGCAUCCUGAAGAUCAAAACUUUCAGUUAAUCUUGUGGAGAGAACAGGAGAUAUCUACUUUUAAGCUAACAACAGUGACAUAUGGGAUGAACAGUUCUCCAUAUUUAGCAAUCAAGACACUCUCGCGGCUAGCAGAGGACGAAGGACACGCCUUCCCGGACGCAGCCUACGCAUUGAAGCAUCACACCUACAUAGAUGACAUUGUGACAGGAAGUGCUUCACUAGAAUCAGCUAUCCAACUGCAAGACCAACUCAUCCAGCUACUGGCGAAGGGAGGAUUCGAGUUGAGAAAAUGGGCUUCGAACGAACCCCGACUUCUGGACAGACUACCAGCUACUCAUCGUGAGACGCCUCGCUUUCUGCAGGACUCACAAUCUACGCAGUUCUCUAUUUUAGGACUCCAUUGGGAUCCAGUUGAAGAUUACUUUCGCUACAAUUUCAAACAUCAGAGAGGUAGCUUAACUAAGAGACAUGUGUUAAGUUUAAUAGCCAGAUUGUAUGACCCGUGCGGCUUCUUAUCACCACUGAUAAGGAUAGCGAAAAGUUUUAUGCAGCUCCUUUGGACACGAGGGCUCCAAUGGGACGAACAAUUGCCACCUGAACUAGCUGAAAAAUGGCUAUUGUUUGUGAACGACACACGGGAUCAUCUGGGUGACAUCAAAAUCGAUCGCGUAUUUCCUCUCCACGCCGCCAGCAGCAUAGAACUUCAUGGGUUUUGUGACGCGUCUGAAAAGGGCGUCGCAGCCGUCAUUUUUAUCAAGUGUAACCAAAUGAAUGAGGCCCCAGUGAUAAGACAAGCCAUGUCGAAAACUAGAGUAUCUCCAUUAAAGAAGAUCACAAUACCACGCCUUGAACUCUGCGCAGCACAUCUGCUGUCAAAAUUAGCUACUUACUGCAUUCAACAAUUCAGCAAUAUUACUUUCAAUCAUGUCAUGUUAUGGAGUGACUCAACCGUAGCUCUACACUGGAUAAAAACACCACCGUAUCAGUUGAAAACAUAUGUAGCAAAUAGAGUGGCAGAAAUUCAGAACACAUUUCCGUCACGGUUUUGGAAUUAUGUCACAUCAAGCGACAAUCCGAGUGACGUCGGAUCACGUGGCCUAUUAGCAUCACAAUUGAAAAACCAUACAUUAUGGUUCGAGGGUCCCCAGUGGCUAAAACUGGACCGACAAACUUGGCCUCAUUUCACCUUCUUUGAAGAUAAAAGGGAAAUCGAGAGAGAAACUAAAGAGUUUCCUCUGAGCCCUUUCAUCGAUGAGGCGGAUGUUAUUCGCGUAGGUGGCCAGCUAAAAAAUAGCCAUCUAAAUUAUGAGUCACGACACCCCGUGCUACUACCAAAACAACACCCAGUAGUAAACUUGAUUAUCGAUUACUACCACCGGAUACACCUGCAUUCCGGACCACAGCUGACUCAGGCUCUUCUCUCACAAGAGAUAUGGAUCAUCUCUGCUCGCAGUGCCAUACGUUCACAUGGACUCGUUUACCAGUAUCUCUCCAAUGAUGUUCACUUGAGUCGGUUCAUGUUGAAGAAAUUGCAGCAGGGUCCCCCGUUUCUGUUGAAAACGUGGGAAUUGAAAGAAUACAUGUUCCGCGUUUUCUGA